GUUAUUCUUUGAGCAGAAGAGCUGGGCUAAGGUCGACAAGAGAGGAGAAAGGCGGGUUGAAAUUCAGUCUCGAGUCAAUGGUUGGGGAUUUCCUUUCACCACAUUUUCUCUGGUCCCUUAAUUGUUUUUAAACCUUGCUGAGGACUUUGUUUACAGUCCCUAGUACAGGGAUUUGCAUCCCUGCUCGAGUUUGUGCUGUCCAAGAGUCUGUCUCAGUUCCAUUCUGACUGGAGCAAGGCUGUUUUCUCAUUUAUCUUUUCAAAGAACCCCGUGGCAAGACUUAUUACCAUUGGGAUUAGGAGAGCUGCUGCUGCCUUCUUUUUCUCAAGUUGACAGAAGUGCAGAGAGAUAAGACUUACUCUUUCUUCCCUAAGAGAUCACACUGGGUUUGAUGUCAAUGGAUUUCCUUUUUCUGAGCAUAUGCCUUAAUGAAUACUCCGAGAAUUAGUCUAAAACCUGACUAAGAAAUCUCUGCGAUACAAUAUGACUGAAGAGAUUUUUAAGGAGAUCUUGGGAACACCAAAGAGUCCAGAACCCGUAAGAAUGGAGAAGAGCAAUAACAACGAUUGUGUGGUCACUGCGAUUCCCCUGGUCAGGGAGGUUCAGCUGACUGCUGCCACAGGGGGAGCUGAGCUCUCCUGUUAUCGCUGCAUCAUACCAUUUGCAAUUGUUGUUCUGAUUGCAGGUGUGGUGGUCACAGCUGUAGCCUACAGUUUCAAUUCUCAUGGAUCCAUCAUCUCCAUUUUGGGGCUUGUCCUGCUGUCAUCUGGACUCCUCUUGUUAGCUUCCAGUGCCUUGUGCUGGAAGGUAAGGCAGAGGAGUAAGAAAUCAAAAAGACGAGAAAGUCAGACUGUUCUGGUGGCAAACCAGAGAAGCCUGUUUGCUUAAAAAAAUUGAAUCCAACAGAAAUUGGGGCCCUGAAAAACUGGUCAGACUUUUCCAAACACUUAUAACCAGUGUGUGUGUGUGUGUGUGUGUGUGUGUGUGUGUGUGUGUGUGUGUGUGUGUAAAUAUAUAAACACUAAUUGCAUUUUUUCAAUACCAAUUUAGAAAAAGUAAAUGGCGAAAAUUGGAAAGAUUUACUAGGAGUCAAGGUUAAGGAUGAGAGUGGAAGGGACUCUCGUGACCUGUGUCUUCUUUAAUGAGACAUGCGAAAGACUAUUUCUUUCUAAGACUAAAUAAACUUUUCCAUGUUACAUUUUAAGGAGGUUAUAUUUGAGGCAAGGAUUAUUAGUCAAUGCUUGGCUAAUAUUUUUGUUGUUGGGUUUUUUUGUUUGUUUGUUUGUUUGUUUUUCAGUCAUGCCUGAUUCUUUACGACCCCCUUUGGGGUUUUCUUGGCAAAGAUACUGGAGUAGUUUGCCAUUUCCUAUUUCAGCUUAUUUCACAAAUGAGGCAACUGAGGCAAACAGAGUUAAGUGGCUUGCCUAGUCACACAACUAUUAAGCAUCUGAGGCUGGAUUUGAACUCAGGUCUUUGUGAUUCCAGGCCUAUACUACCUAACUACCCUGGCUAAUAUUGGAAAACAUGAAACCAUCAUCAUAAUGGGACAAAUUUGCUGUUAUCUGAGAGUUGCCUUUAAAAAAAUCACUAACAUGAUAUUGUAGCAUUUAAACACAGUGAAGACUUCAAAGGUGUAGAUCACUUUUGAUUUUAUUUCCUUGAAAUUUUUUGGUUCCCCAUCCCCAUCCCCCAUGAGUUAAUUCUCUGGAAUCUUAUUUUUUUUUUAUUAUUCUGUUCCAGUGACUUCAUUGGUGGUACUUUUUUCCUUGAAGAGUAAACUCUUAACUUGUUAACUUUUACUAUUGACUAGAUGUAAACAUGUUUUUUAAUGAUUUGUGUCAAAAGUAAACAAAAGAUGAGCAGAGCUGGAAGUCAAUAUUGUUGGAUUAAAUUAAUAUUGAAAUGAUCCAAUCUAGCACUUUCAAUGAUUUUUAUAUAAAAGUUUUUACUUGUACUUUUCAUUUAAAAUAAUAAACACAGUGCUGCUAGAA